CAAAUCAGGCCUCGUAUGAAUGCUACAGGUCGUCCCAGGUUCCUGCAUUCGGAUCCCAGUGCUCUCCCUUCCUCCUCCCUAACAUCGCUCUCCCUUCUCGCCCUUCUGCAGAGGCUUGACACGGAGCAGGAAGUGAUCACAUUGGUCAGCGAGCGGACGAUCGGGCUGGAGGAUUUGCCCAGCCAGGUUCCCGCCGACUCCCCCCGCUGGCAUUUUUUCCUGUACACGCAUUCGCACGAGGGCCAGACCCUCGAUUCGCUGGUGUUUAUCUACUCGAUGCCGGGCAGCAAUUGCACCAUCAAGGAGCGGAUGCUGUAUUCUAGCUGCAAGGCUCCGUUCAUCGCCAGCGUGGAGCAACAGAUGGGGCUGGAAAUCGCAAAGAAGGUGGAAAUCGACGCAGGCUCUGAGUUGACGGCCGACUACCUCCAGGACCAGCUUCACCCCCCAAAGCACGCCCCCCCGCCCCACCUUCGACAAGCCGCCGGGCCCCUCCCGCUCCCGCGGGGGCCCCCGCCGCAUCGUCCGGACCCCACCGGAGUGACAGCAGUCAGUGCGGGGCGGGUGGGGAGGGGUCGUCCGCUGCCGGGAAGGAGGAAGGGUGCCUGGUGCCGAGAAUUAAAAGGGAAUUUUGUAACCGCAGGUUUGGAGCGUGUGAACUGGUUUUUUUUGUGGUGGGGGGGAUGUUUAUGGGACGGGAAGGGCUGUGGAAAUUACCGAUUGAAUGUUUGGCACCAGGCGUACUUUGGAUCUCAGAUUGUGGAAUAUUUGGAUCAAUGUGAUUGAGGAGGUGGGGACUGAAGCACCAACUCAAUGCAGCCAGGCUGGGGGGGGGAACGUCAGCCAGAGGUCAUGGGUUGAGGGUGAAAGGUGAGAAGUUUAAGGGGGACACGAGGGGAAACUUCUUCACUCAGAGGGUGGAACGAGCCUCCAGCAUUCGAGCUCAAUUUCAACAAGAAGUUUGAAUAGGCACGUGGAUGGGAGGGGUAUGAUCCCGGUGUAGGUCGAUGGGAGUAGGCAGAAUAAACGGUUUGGCAUGGACUAGAUGGGCUGAAGGGCCUGUUUCUGUGCUGUAUUUUUCUGUGAUUCUUCAGUGUAAACACAAAAUUGAUUUACAAUUCACGUGCAGCUUGCAUACACCUGUAGGUAGUUUGAUAUAAUAUUUUCAAUAAAUUUGUGCAUGAAACAACAA